AGAGUUCUUUUCCAUGGUAUAUUGAUUCAGUCUAUCAGCGAUAUUUAAAUAGUUUGCUUUGUUCACACACAUGUUGCACUAAGGGAGCAAAGACAUUGAUACGCUGCAGUAAGAUGGAGUAUAUCUAUCAUUUUGAGACAUGUAGCAGACAAUGUGCGUGUAUAAUCAUGAUGAUUAAGGAUUCCGCUACCAGGAAUUGUGCAAGUUUGCGGCACUUCACCCAAAGCUGGUGAACGCUUCACAUAAGCUGAAUGAAAAAUGUGAAGAAAAUGAACAAGGGGCAAGUAGCUAUAGGGUAAACUGUUUGCUGGACUAGGACACUCUGCUGUUCAUUAUUAAAUAUGAUUAACAACGUGAAGUGAGCUGAAUCUAUAAGUUAACACAUAACGGUGUGACACUUCAACAGAUAUGAGGAUCGUAUGGAAUAGCAGCUGUACUGAUUGCAGCAGUUCUUUGUGGUCUUCAAAGAUGGUUUCGAGAAGACCUUCAACGAUGGUUGAAGAUAGAUGUAGAAGAAAACCAAAGAAGUGCAAUGUUUCGUUCGGCAGAACGCAAUGAGUCACCAUCUAUUAUUGUCCAAGGAAUUGAUGGAAGAUUAAGGGAUUCUGCAAGAGUAUUUUGCCUUCCUAGAAUACCGACUACAUCAUUAAGCCACACUCGUUUGAAUGAUGGAAAUGUUACUCGUGAUACCGUUUCUGUAGUCAACCAUUUCGGCGGGGUACAAUUUUCUAACCAUUCCUUAAUGUUAUCACAACUUUCAACAUCAUUCCAAGGUACAGGAUUAGCUCAAAUACAACGUGGAAUACCACAACAUGGACGGAUGGGACAUAUGAUGUUACUUCCGGAAAAUAUGAACAACAUAUCAUUGUCUAGAAACAGAUUGGACACAAGUCAACGCAUCAAUAGAAUUUCCGGAUCCAGAACGAACCGAGAUACUGAUUCCAACGGAGAUAAAAACUCAAUUUGUCACAUUUUAUUGCGAAUCCUCUACUUUUGUUUAAUGUCCGUUUACUUAUAUGACUUUUGCGCUGAUGCAGUAUUGUCAUCUCAAUACUUCGUCAGGGGAGAAAUCAAAGACUUCAUUUUAUUGAUAGCACCAGGAACAACAUCUGCAUUGGUCUCUAUAAUAAUUAUUCAUUGUAUAGCAACGACACAUAUAAGCAUGUCCUGCUGUUUUGUCUUUCUAGUAUUUGUAACAUCACCUAUUACCAAAGCCCUAAUUUAUGGUUGGAUGGUCAAUACUGGAGAGCCGUCUUGGUACAAGCACUGGUACUUCCAUGUUCUUACUUUUUUGCAGUUGGUUGAAGUUUGCAUAGAAGGAAUCCCUCAGCUUAUUUUUGAAUAUUACAUAAUUCUCACAGAGAACCAAACAGUAUAUCAAAGUAUCCAAAGCCUACAGUGGUGGUAUAUGACCAUUUCCACGGUAGCGGUGUUAUGUUCUAUUACAUCUGUUACAAUAACCCUAGACAGAGAAGAAGAUACAAGGGAAGUGCUUAAAAAUAGAGUAAACAGACAGAUUGAUAAGGAAUACUACUGGGAAAAUUAUAAGGAUCAAAACAAUGGAUAUUGGUAUUUUUACUGUGUAGUGGUAUUCAUUGGAAGAGCCUUGGAGUUUCUUCCACGUUGUGUCAUUUAUGCUACGUUUGCAAAGGUCUUUGGUCUGAAGGUAUUUGGAUGCGUCAUGGCAAUGUACGCAGUAUUCUUUUCUAUUAUCUCCAUGUUUUGUUUCCGAAAUGUUCAUUCCAACGAUAAAAGUUCCCUCUUUCUUAUCAGUAGCCUAAUUAGUGUUAUUGCAAACCUUUUCUAUUGCUACGAAUGGAGUUUCCGAUUUCUUUGGGAAAAGAAGAUUUUAUAUACUCUGUAUUUUCUUCUCUUCUAUGCUGUGAAUGUGGCUCUGUGUAUCGCAAAUAUUUCAUUUUUAUGUGGAAUAAUUGUCUAUUUACCCAUCACGGCCAUACUACAAAUAUGUUUUCUUUUACUACGAAUUAGAUUAAGACAAAACAUGAGAGCUGGAUUGAUGAGAAUAUUAAAUAGAUAAUUCAAUGCUUGCUAUGAACGUGGCUAUGGGUAUGUUCAUCUAGUAUGCAAUAGAAGAUUUAAGCUUUUAUUCAUUAUAAAUGCAGCCUUAUUUCACCAUCAGCUUUCACAGCACCACAACCUUAUCCCUGCCCCCCCCCCCCCCCCCCCGAAAUAAAACCUGCUGCUACUACGAUCAGACCUUGGUACAUCACAAGAGAAACGUGAUGAAGUCUUCAUAAGCAUAGUGUGAUCUGGGUAGGAUCUUCAUCAUCGGGUAAAAUCUUAUCAAGAGCGGGAUAAAAACGCCUUAAUCGUAGAGGCAGCGUGGAAGCAUCGUAGCGAGAUGUGUAUGGUCGCGGAAAAAGCGCAUUGCAGUCGGGGCCUUACUCAGGUUAUCUUAGUUAUGCUUCAACCACGCCUCCACUGCGAUUCCCACACUAUCCUGCAAGACGUUCAAGAAGCGUUCUAUAUGCGAGACAUGAUCGGCAACAGCAUAUCGACAUUGUCGUACAGUCUAUAAGCAACAUUGUGAUGUGACCUUGCAUGUCGUAGCGGCAACGCGGUAUAAACGCCGUAAAACCGACGUUGGUCCGUGUUUAAUCAAAAUGAAAGCGUGUCAGGAGCGCUUUCAACAUCGAAGCAUCAUACUCCAGUGGAAAGGAAGACCUUAAUUUGCCAAAUUGUUUGGUUUCGAUGUCGAUACGCUCCCGAUCGAAUACGGGCUUUUUUAAUAUCGCAGCCUGAUUGAUGUGAUUGGUAUGAUCUUCGUCAGGUUAAGGAAUGUAUAGUGUCAGGUUGGGUAUUCUUUUCUUCCUUUGCUUAAUAUAGAUCUAUUCCUUCAGUAGCUCACCUGCUUCCUGUUUUAUUUACAGUUUCAGGUUUUUGUAUCGACUAGUAUGGUUUGUGUAAUCAGCGAGGUGAAUAUUAAUUCUUCAUAUUUGUACUUUUUUUCUUUACUUUGAAUUUUGUACGUUGAAUAUUCAUUCUGCUCUUAGAUUAUUGAUAACGUUAAGGAAUUGGAACUUCUGGAGUGUGAACAACAUUCUUUGGCAGGAAUACAAGGAUAACAUUUCAACACGAUUUAUAGUCUAUUCAUAGACUUUGUUACCUGUAAGAUUUACAUAUACAUGUAUAUGAGGGUAAAUCAAACCAAUUUCUAGAUGUAUUUAUUCGUUUUAUUAAUAUUCAUUUUGCUCAAUACAUUCUUAAAUAUUGAGCUACCUUAACUUGUUUUGCACAUAUGGAUUCAGUUGGCUAAAUAAUUGUAAUUUUUUAUCUAGUGAUUGUCUUUCAAACAAUGCAUAAUUUGCGCGUUUUACCUCUGUUGGUCAGAGCAGUGGAUUCAGUAUCUAUCAUUUGCAUCCUAUGGUGUGUAACUUUUAUAUUUGGUUAUAUUUCAUUGUCUUUCACAAUUAAUUUUGCAGUCUAAGUUAUUAUAUCUUGAGCAGUAAACGGAGUUAUCCGUAGUUAAAAUCAGUUUGCCAAGAACGGCCUAACAAUCGGUAUGAAACACGUCAGACAGCAUUAGACUCAAUGAUAGGUUGUAUUAAAGUCUGCGAAAUGCUGACUUUAAACGAGACUGUUGACACCCCUGUACCAUCAACUUGUUUGUCAAUGGCUUGUCAUGAUUUAAAAACUGACCAUACUGUACGCAGAACAAGCUCAUCGAAUCAAUUGAGAAAUAUAAACACCAUAUGCGGGUGAUAAUGGAAUACUGCUACAUAAAUGUAGGAAGUUGAUGAUGGAGAAGCUGAAAUCAUCUCGUUUGUCAAAGUUCAGUUGCUAGUUUGCCGUUAACUUCUACUUUCAAUAAAAUAUCUGAGUAUAAGCAGAAGUGGACGACAUUGUGGUGUUCUUUAUUUAGAAUUGAUAAGUAUAUAACGAAUCAACAUAUGAAUGGAAAUUAUUAGUCCCCCACCGACGAGGUCGAAGGGGACUUUAGGUUGUAUUUUGGAUUCUUGUCUGAUUUAAAGUAUGGCUAUAAAGAGAAAGGUGAAGAUAACGAACAGUGAUCAAUCUCAUAACUCCUAUAAGCAAUACAAAAUAGAGAAUUGUGCAAACAAGGACCCUUGAUAUGCCAGAGGUGGGAUCAAGUGCCUAGGAGGAGUAAGAAUACUCGGUCGACCGGUUACACCUGCCUUGGUCCCUCUAUCUUGAUCAGGUAAACGGAGUUAUCCGUAGUCAAAAUUAAUGUGCGAAGAACGACCUAACAAUUGGUACGAAACACAUCAGACAGCAUUUAACCCAAUGAUAUAUUGUAUUGGCAAACUAUAUCGUUAUAACGACCAUAGAAUUUGCAAAAUGCUGACUUUAAACGAGACUGUUAAAUCCCCUGCACGAUUAAAAAAAUAUAUAUCGUUCCUUGACGUCCUCUUAAAGAUCUACUUGCUUGUACACCAAUUCAUCUUAUGUGUAGCAAUUGUUCAUCAUUUGUAAUGGAAGGGAAACUUAUGUAUCAUGCGCUACGAAAAGAAAAAUAAAUUCAUUCUAUAAAUCAGAAUAGAAUAUGUGACAGAAAACUUAAAAUUAUGAACUUGCUGGAUGAUAUUGAUCAAUAUGACAAUCUUUUGUUUAUGUUGUUUUUCUUAGAAAAAUAAAUAGACCGAUCGCUUCAACAAUCUGGAACUCGUGCGUUACUGAAUCUUUUCACCAUGGUUACGAUAGUCCAAGGUGAAAGAUGGGGGCUUGGUAGAGUACUUACUGGAUCCAGCAAUCGAUCUUUGACACAGAUCCAGUAUGUGUCUCACUAAGAGGCUAUUUCCACUUUCACAACCAAGGUGAAGCAGGGUCUCUUUGUUGUACGUUUCUUCAUGAGCAUUGUAGCAUGUUGUGGAUAUCUGCAAGAAAACCAUUUAGCAUGGGGAAUAUUUCCGUACAUUGUACCACUACUGUAUUGAGAAAGAGGCCAUCAUCUUGUAUCGCCACUCCCAUAUCCCGAAGCAACUGAAAUAUUUCUAUGGAUCCAACUUUACACGCUUGUAGAAUUAAUCCGAAUUCCUGACAAAGAUUGUGGAAUGUUUGCAAUUGCAGAUUACUAAUAAGUAACCUCAAAAGUCCGAUUGCUUUAGCUUUCAAAUGUUAGAUACUAGUAAAUAACGGCAAAGACUUGAGAAUUCUUCACUCAUAUGGAAACGUCACCAUUUCCGGUGAAGGACUGCAACAUUUAGGCAUGUGCUCGGCGCUUACGGCUUUUGAGCAGGUGGGAUCUGUAUCAUGCCACACCUGCUGUGACACGGGUUUGGUGAAAAUAUCAAUUUUGAUAUUUACAAGGCGAUAAUAUCACAUUUAUUAUAUAUUCAAAUUGAUAACAUCGUUUAUUCACAUGUCCAUGUCUAUUGCACAUAUCAGCUUGCAAACAUAAUUAUUCGUCAUUGUGUCCCGCGGGUGGAUAGCAUCGUAUUAUCAAAUAGUAAGUUUGUUUUAAAAUGCACAUUAUAAAAUAAGUAAUCAAUAACCAGAGUUGGAUCCAGGAAUUGUGGUUAAGGGAGGCACCACUUUAUGAGGCAGGGGGUAUGGGGGCGAAGCCCAGGUGUUAGCCAGGGGUCGAAGCUCCCAGAAGCUCCUGGAUUUUACAGAUUUUAUAGGGCUUGAAAUAUAUAUCCUAUUUAGUCUUUUGUGAUAUUUUCUAUCAUUUUUAUGAGGUGAAAUUAAUAAAAUGACGCAAAUUUUAAGGGUUUUUGGAAAAAAUUAAGUUCUCGCAAUAAAGUAAUUCAAGAAAUCAAUAUAUUUUGUCAUUUAUUUCUCCAGGAGUGGAAGAAAUUAUUGCUUCUUACAUUGUUUAGUACAUUUUUCUAAACAAGAUAUCACGUUUUACCUUAAGUUUGAAAAUUUUAGGGGGGGGUGGCAGGUUGCGCCCCCCUUAAAUCGACCACUGAUAACUAUUCUAAAAACUUCAAUGGACUAUAAAGUAGGUCAGUACAUGAUCUACUGAGAGAAGGCUUCGGACUUCACAGGAUUUGAUCAUGUGACCGUCCUCCCUACUCCAUAUCCCAGUGACAUUUUCUAAAUGGUCAUCUAUUUAGAUGAUGAUUGCGAAGGUCGCUCCCGAAUAAGUGUCUGAUUGUUUGUCAAUCAGUUUCAGGUAUGUGAAUAUUUUGAGACAUAUACAUAUAUACACAUAUGUUGCAAUUAAAAUCCAACCAAUCUCCUCUAUCUCAAAAUAUGUAAACAAGGACGAAAUGAUGGUCAUUAUUGAAUUAUCAUUAUCUGGAGAAUAACACUUUUAAAAAUCCUUUUUAUCAGAUUGAGUUUUUAAAAGGUAAAUACGGACACAUUAUAAAUACCCCCGUCUUCGAGAAGAUCGUGUGAAUGUAAAGUGCAUCGACACGGCAAUGUUUGUUAACACUGUGCAUGGUUAAUCGGCCCACAGAUCCUUUAAAUUACAGACUAUUUUUCUAGUACUGUUGAUCUGAAGAAAGAGAAACCAAAAGGAGGGAAAGGAACGCACCAAUUGAACACCUAGUUUGUUACUACGGAUCUGCACUUUCCUCAAGGAACUGUUCAACCGUGUGUUACCUUAAAUCGUGUUUUAGAGGGUUUCAUCUCUUCCAAUACUUCUCAAACCCUCCGAUAAUCCCAUCAUCAACGAUUCAACGCUAUGAAUAUCUGUCCUAUUUGCUUUGAAGAAAUACGAAAUCCCUAUUUCUGCAUACCAUGCAGACAUAUAUUUUGCUACCAUUGCAUUACUGCCUGGAGAAAUGGCACAUGUCCACUCUGCCGAGAGAAGAUCAUCUCCCAGAAUCCUGUCCGACAGGCGUUAACUGCUGCAGAAAAUAUAGCAAAUGCACCACAUUACGCCGAAAGAAGUAAAUUGUUCUUUGCUGUCCUGAUGAUCGUCUUCAUUCUUGUCGACAUUCCUAGUUCAUCUGGAUUCUUACGAAGUGUGGUGUACCCUCCAUGUUGUGAUUUGAUUCUCAUUGUAUGGGAAAUUGUGUACAUUGUUUUGAUUGCUAUAUUGAUGCCCUUCAAAACCUUGUAUAGGCUAGUUGUUGAGAUAGUUGUUUAUGAACUUUAUGAUAUUUUGCUUGCUAUUUGUUAUAUGCCAGUAGGUAUUGGGAAUAUCUUCAUUCACUUUCCCUAUAAUCUAUAUGAAGGACUGAAGACGUAUUUCUUUGAUAACAGUUGGCCAGCUUUACUUCAGAGAACAGUGCACAUCGGACUUCUGCUGGUGUUCUUGGAUUCCGUGAUACAGAUGCAUUUAUUGAGAAUGUUUGAAAAGAUUCAACUGACACACAGAUUUCAAAGACUGUGUAAUAGUAUUAUAGAGAGCAUAGAACGUCAAAGAAGGCCUGCUUGACUGUUAUUUCAGUGUAUAUUUUCAACAGCAUGGAACCAUGUACAAUUACAUUAGAUUGUACCAAGUGAUAUGGCGGUUCGCGCCACCACCAGGAAACCCGGGGUUGAUUACCGAUCACGGGGACGCGUCAAAUUUAAGUAGUUUGACAUUGACAACCAGUGGUUGUUCCUUCACCAAGUGUUGACAUUAGAAAUUAAAGUUAUUAGUAUUUCAGAUAUCGCUUUAACAUUGGAGAUUCCGGUUUACGAUAGACACUAGCAGGAUUUGGAACCCUUAUAGCUACGAUUAUAAGCGGAAGUUUUAGUGUGUUGCACUUCACCUAUGAUAGAAAAUGUAUUGAUGGGGAUGUAAAAUAGUAAACAAACAAAAAUACUGCAUAUAUAUGUUUCCUGAAAAGUACUAUUACAAUAUUAGCGUGAAAGUACUGUUAAAUAUUUUCAUUCAGACGGAAGGGUCUCUUUCGAAAUUCUGGAUAAUUUCACAAUGAAAAUGCUUUAGAAAAAAGGUGGGUUGGAAUGCUGUCUGAAUUGUGUAAUAACAUGUGUGAGGCCGUUCUUUACAUGCUGUUUCACUACGAAUUAAUCCGUAAAUACAUUACACACAAAUAUUUACUUGCUUACAACAUAUACAUAUUUUGUUCGGCAUAAACAGUAAGAUCUAUUCAAAGUCUAUAUUCAAUAUACAUGUAACACACUAAAUGAUGAUUAUUUUCUGCAAUACAUCAAUACAGCGGAUCUAAACGUUGAUAACAUGAUAUCGCAUCUCUGGUGAUCCUAUAGAUAAAUAGAAGGGGGGGGGGGUUAUUCUCCAUCCAUAUUCCAUGUUAUCCAGUAUUGAAAAUUACAUGUCAUAAUUCCACGAUAAAAAUGAAAUCGCCAAAUACCAUUAAUACUACUAAAAACAUUGGUCUAGUUUCCAAGAAAAUUCUGGUUCGAUGUUGCAGAUAUAGAAUGCUAUAUUACGGGUACCUGUAAAGUGCAAAGCAAAAUCGAAACGAAACGAAAUCUACCGAAACGAAAAUCACCGAAACGAAACGAAACAGAUUGUAUAACCGAACUCUUUUCAUUAUGAUAAUUAAAAACGGUAUCUUAGGUAUCUGUGAAAGUUGCCAUGUAUGAAUAAAAUUCGCCUCCCCUUUGAUGUAGGCAUUCGGCUUGACUGAUACAAAGUUUUAAAAGUUGGAAAGGGGUGAGUAAGCACAAAGUACAUAUCCUAAGUUGAUUAAAUAACAUGUGUAAUUAGUUUUGGUCCAUAAAUUUCAGAACGGAGGGUUACGGUCUCAGAGGUCUGGGGAAACACACUAAACGAGGGUGGGGUCGCCGGUGUUGGAUCCACCUUUGAGUGUAAUACAUGUUUCAAUAUGUUUUGCACUAAAGACAAAUCUAUGUAUACAUGUGGAUAUUGUGUAUUUGUAUGUAGUAUAUCAAACGGUGGAUUCUGAGUUUGUCCUCCCUUUCUCUUUGUAAUUUCUGCUUCCCUUGUUCAUAAGCCUUUUCAUUUUACAAAAUCCUCACAUCUUCCUGAUAUCAUUGCAUAGAACAUUUCCGUUUUCCGUUCCGUUUUCAAUUUCCCGUCUUAGCAAUAUCCUAAAUGUAUAGAGUUAUCUUUAAACUCACUACAUAUCAAUAAUAAUUUUUAAUAAUACAUGUACAUAUAGCUUAUCGAAUUGCAUUCAUAUAAUAUGUUAUACUAUUUAAUGUUUUUCCAUUAUUGAAAGCACUCGUACCUCAGCAGUUAGAGAUAAAAUAAGGGGUUAAGAGUUCUUCCCGCUUUCAACUUUCUCAGACACCAGCUUCUUCAAAUAAUGUGUCUAUACCCAAAGGCGGAUCCAACGCCGGCGACCCCACGCUUCGUUUAGUGUGUUUCUCCAGACCUCUGAAAUUGUAACCAUCCGUUCUGAAAUUUAUGGAUCCGAAACUAAUUGCAAAUGAUAUUUAAUCAACUUAGGAUAUGUACUUUGUGCUUACUCACCCCCUUCCAACUUUUAAAACUUUGUACCAGACAAGCCGAAAGCCUACAUCAAAGGGGAGGCGAAUUUCAUUUAUAUGUGGCAACUUUCACAGAGGCCUAAUUAUUAUAAUUAAAAGAGUUCAGUCAUACAAUCUGUUUCGUUUCGGUAGGUUUCGUUUCGGUGGGUUUCGUUUCGUUUCGGUAGAUUUCAUUCCGAUUUCGUUUCGCUCUUUACAGGUAACCAUUUAUUAUUAAAUAAAUAAUGGUAAGUUACUAACUAAAUAUAAAAGCUUUCAUUUUUUACUAAUCGGUCUAAUGUUGUAAGUAUGGGAACCUUUAUGUCGUAAUUCUCUUUCUUAGAGCAAUAUCAGUCAGUUCAAAUUUUUCAGGACAUAUUCAACUUAACAAUGUAUGGUAUGGUUGCAAAUGUCUCAAUAUGCUAAACAAAAAUAAUUUACAUAUUAUGCAGUUAUAUUUGGAAUAAAAAUCAUUCACCAGCAUCUGUUUUAUUUUGUGUAUAUUGCCUUGGUCAUUUUUCACAUCUGCAAGAAGCAAACGACUUUAGUUGAAUUCAAAUAUCCGGAUUAGUCGAACUCUGUUGUGGUGGGAAAAAAAACUUGAAAUUUUGCAUAGAAUAUACAAAUUUUACACACAGGUCAUUGCAUUGUCAGAUAGACCUGCUCUAAAACCUCAUAGUUAUUUGGGAUUUCAAACAUUUCGGUUGAGCAUCACUGAAGAGACAUUAUUUGUCGAAAUGCGCAUCUGGUGCAUCAAAAUUGGUAGCGUAUAAGUUUUACCUGAUAAGUAAUUCUGAAAAAAAAAUUAAAUAAUGAAAAGUGAUCAAACAUGGAACAAGUAAAUUUAUUCCUAUGCGUUAAGAAGGAUCUGUUGUGACUAGAGAUCUAUUGAAAUGCAUUGAGGGCUACAAAUAUAUCGUAAUUUGUUUUUCAAAUUUUUGAAACUUCCGAGCACCAGUCUACGCCCAUUCUCUAUAACAAAUGGAACACUUGGCACUAGGAUCAGCUAAUUGUGGUAACACCCCCCCCCCAAACAAAACCACCUUGGAAUCUCCAUAGAGUAUACACGUUACAUGUAUAUACAUGUCGUUGCAUUAUACAGAGGGGUCCGAUAAUCAAUUUUCACUAUUGGUUUUUGCGAUUGGUCAGCGUCCGUAGUUGUCCAUGGUCCGUUAACAAUUGAACAUUUUUAACUUUCAGAUAACUGCUACUACAAAUAUUUUCAAAUUUGUUAUGAAGCAUCUUUGGGACAUGCACGGCAUAAAUUGUAAAUUGCAUCACUCCUGCACGCCUGGGGUUUUUCGGCUGAGCAAAAACUGCCAAAAAUUGACAAAUUUUCAAAAAUCUAUUUAUCUACUACCGCACAUGUAAAAAAAAAACUACAUGCAUAGUGAUGUAGAGCAGGAAGGCCUCCACCAAAUUAUCAUGACCCCCAGGGUAGAAGUUCUAGAACGACUCAAGGCAGGGACAAACUUGAUAUAUAUUGUGUAUAUGUGUGAAAUACUUACGUAAUAGCUUCUUUAAAACUAUUGAAACUAAAUGGAUAUUGAGAAGGAGUAGGUAAUCCUCUACCAAAAUUGUAUAUUUCAUGAAUACAAGGAUAGGGGUUUGGUUCCAGGGUGGGGCUAAACUUAUAAUAGUGCUUAUUGUCUUUAUAAUUUGAAAGACAUCCUUAAGUUUGCUGAUACAGUAUGAAAGAUUCGGGGGCAUCUAGUUUUUGGCCUGCCCGUCCUACUGUAGCAAAAGCUUUAACCUUGGUCAUAUAUUUUACCACAAGAGGUAGACCCUUUAUAUUUGGUACUUUUAUACCUUUUCAUGGACAAAAAUAUAUGCCCUGGUUAAUUUAUCAUUGACCUUUGACCAACUUUUUAAAAAUUCUAAUAUAAGCCAUAUUUUUCAAAUCGUAAGAGGUACUGUUAUAAUAUUAAGCAUGAUUAUUUGUGCAUUCUUAUGUCAGAAGAACUUCCCAACGAUAUCAGAUUUGUUAACCUUUUGACAAUGACCAUUGACAUAGUAUAAGAAAAAUUUCAAUAACAAAAAUAACCAUGGUCAUGUCUUUUACAACUCAAGAGAUACAGCUUCGCAGCAUAAUUAAGGUUCCAGUAAGGAGGCGUGUCCUAAUCUAUACAGGAAUGUGUAUUGUGACGUCACACAUAAACAACAAAACAUCGCAAUCCUUCAAAAUAUCAGAAAAUAAAAUAAUUGAUGUUUCAAAAUUGCUCGGAAGUAUAACACUACACAAAAACCAACAUUAAGUUAUUUUUUAUCGUUAAUUUAAUCUGACACCUUGGGAUAUAAGCAAAAUAUGGAUCGCAAUGCACUUUUCAUCAUGACGUCAUCAUGAUAGUCUGACGUAUUUUAUUUGCAGUAAGUGGCAGAUCAACUGUUGUUUCUUAAUGAAAAAAUAUUUUACAAUUAAAGUAGGGGUCUAGUAGCGUGACGUCAUUUCCGGAUCGAACUCUGGUAUUGGUUCACGUACUAUUAUUAUCAAACGUAUUUUUACAUUUACCUGGAUGUUUUUUAAUUUAGAAAAUGAAUACAAUAACACUCAAUCACUUAUAUUUGAGUAGACUAUGGCUCCAAUCGUCUUUCCAUUUUUUGUCAUCUAAUUCACACAUAAAACCAGAGGUACAUAUUUGUUUAAUUGAUAUACAGGGGUAUUACAUGUUAAAAUUAUCUGUAAAUUAAAAAAAAUUCAUGAUAUGCGAUAAUGCACUUGUGGAAUUAAAUAAAACAAUUCUGCACUUGU